UGGUGCCGAGUGGUGGGUUUGAACGUUGCGGAGAAUUCCGAGAGGAUCGGUUGCGCGGAGGAAGUGGAGAAGUGGAACUGCCUUUGGCAAGGACAGGUGAAAGAAAGAAAGAAAGAAAGAAAGAACGAAGAAGAAGAAGAAGGAGAAGAGGAAGAAGGAGAAGAGGAAGAAGGAGAGGAAGACGAAGCAGGUUGCAGGCUUUUGUGUGGAGAUUGGGCGAGGGAUUGCAGUAGGGUUUCAUGUGAGAGCUUCGAAGUUGAAUGACCCAGGAAAUGGUGUACCUGGGAGGAGAGUGUGUGAACCGCAUUGACUGCGGUUGAAAGUCGUGUAGGUUUAGUGCGCUCUGAAAUUGGGGAAGACAGGGAGAGGGUAGUUACGGCAUUAGGUUAGCGAAGGUGUUGCACUUGGUUUUGGUAGCUGAGAUUGGGAUUGGCAAUCUCUGCAAGCUUUUGGCUUAAAGUUUUUUUAUUCAAAUUUUAGGAGGGUUGUGUCAAGAGCGUUACAGCUCAAAAUGUCAGCGGCAACUGUACCAUCAACUACUACCGGUAAUGCGCUCUCCGGGGGUGCAGCGCCUGAGAGAGUGGCCACCAAGCCCCGGAAGAGGACCACGCCAGCGUCGAAAGUGGCGUCAGAGGCCACCGAAGCACCCCUCCUUGCCGCUACACACGCCUCUGCUGUUACGCGUGCAAGACGAGCUCGAGAGCCUAGAACGAGUUUGGAAGAGGUUGCGAUGGCAUUUCCAACUCGGGACGCCAAUGGUUUACACGACGACGACGUAGCCGCUGGUGUGACUCAUGAAAAUAAUACUCCUCCCCUGACCCCUACGACAAAGAAACCUUCAUGUGUUGUUGACACUGCGUCCGACAAAGCUUCGCCCUCAAAGCAUAAGAUAUCGAAGCCCGCGAUCCCGAAGGGCAAAGUGAAGAAGAAGACGUCGCUAUGGGCCACGAUGGGCCAUUUAUUUUCUCCCUCCUAUUUACUCCUUUUUCUGGCCGUUGGUGUGGGGGCAGCUGUUUGGUCUCUUCGGCCCAAGGCAGCACUACCCGAGUGGUAUGCUUCCUCUAAUGAAGUUGGGAAAUUGGAGGAGUUUAUGACCAAGACAACGAAAUGGAUACAGGUACAACUAGAAGUUCUUGACAUGAAAAUCGAGAAAGGAUCAAAUGAUUUACGAAACGAAUUUAAAGAGAAACUCGACUCUCAAGUGGCAGAAAUGGAAUCUGGAGUGAAGGAUUUGAAGGCCCAAGUUGACCGGCUCUAUCAAGGCGGAGGUCCAUUGAAUCGUGACGAAGUCAUUGAGCUUGUGAAAAAGUUCAUGGAGCACCGUGCCUCUGAUAGCACCGGUAAAUCGUUCAGUCUAGAAGACGUCCGGUCUAUUGCACGGAAAAUAGUGAUGAGUGAGGUUGAGAAGCAUGCUGCGGAUGGAAUCGGGCGGACUGACUACGCUCUGGCCAGUGGGGGUGGACGUGUAGUGGAUCAUUCAGAGGGAGUGUUUCUGGGGCGAGGUCGACAGUUGUUCAGCAUGGUGUUUAGCAGCAUCCUUACAGGGGAGGCUAGGAAGCAUCCACUAGCGCAGAAAGUACUAGAGCCCAGUUUUGGUGAACCAGGCGAGUGCUUGCCUUUGAAGGGAAGUAACGUUUUUGUGGAGAUCUCUCUUCGGACAGCCAUUCUUCCUGAUGCAGUUACUCUUGAGCAUGUCUCUAAGAGUGUGGCUUACGAUUUGUCCAGCGCACCUAAAGAGUUCCAACUCUAUGGUUGGCGUGAGGCUCGACCAGCUGAUCGAAGUGCUCAACCUUCACCAGUGCACAGGCUGCUAGGGCAGUUUGUUUACAAAACGGAUGGCCCUAGCAAUAUUCAGACGUUUCAUCUUUCUAAAGAAGAUGUUGGUGAUGAACCGAUAAACAUGGUCCGACUCCAUGUAUUAUCCAAUUACGGAAGUACCCUUCAUACUUGUAUAUACCGAGUCCGUGUUCAUGGUGUAGAUCCUCAGGGAACUCUAUAAAGAAGUUGAUGCAAAGUCACAACACUUGUAGGUUUUUCUCGUCAUGUGUACAAGUACAUUUUUCAAGAUUACCAAGGUAACAGAUGAUGGAGUGGAUUUCCUAAGCGUUUUCUUGUGAUGACAAGGGAGCAUUUGCGGUACUGGCCUUUUGCUGCAGCAGAGGUAACGUGUUUUUACAUCAUCGACCAAGUUACGGUGACACGAGCAUGGUGGCUACCCGUGUCAAUCGAGCCUCGACUCAUCGCUUUAGUUAGGCUAGUUGUCCACGAUGCUGCUUUGCUGUAGAAUUCUUAAGGCUCGACUGAUUAGAGCGAGACGGUUGAUGCCGAAUGUGUACGAUAAGGAUAACACUGUCUCGAGGAUUAAAUUCCAUGUGUCCUUCUCGAGAUUAAACCCCCAGUGGGGCAACACGGUUGCUUUGUGAAUUGGCGUUGAUCCUUCACAGGCUUCCAUGAGAGUGAUAGUUCUCCAAGGCUGUGAUGUGGCACCUUUAGAAACUGUGAAUCAUAAUCGAAACCAUCAGUAUGCUGUGAGUGUUGUUGAAUGGUUGCUUUCAAUUCGCAAAAACAGAACCGUGCCACAUUUGACAUCAUGUAACACGUGAAUAUUUUUUGUCGCA